AUGGAGUCUACUACAUCGUACGUAGAACGCCCAAGCGCUUUUAAGGCCUGCUCAGUCAGUUCUCUUAUCCAUCGGUCCAAUGCACUGGGCUCAUCUCAUGGAGGGAAAAGCCAAAAUGUAGUUGUGUUGUUGUUCGCCGCCUCGACGCAUUCCCUUCUCUCCCCGGCAUCGUCCCACACAGAAAGAAAGAGCGCAGAGCCCCGGCCCGACCUGUAG